GCAGCGGUCGCGGAAGCAAGAGUCGGAGUGUUUGCGAAUUGAUAGAUGUAUGUACUGCGAGAUGUAUAUCAAACGUUCUCCCUCUCAUAUUACCUACCUCAUCUGAAUCUUGAUUGUUAUUUUUCGCCUGGUUUAUUUUCUCACGGAAUAAAGGCGAAUGCACAUUUUUCUGGUCUUGUAGGCUAACUGAAUACAUGGAUUGAUGAGAAAGCACCAGGUUUACGGAAAGACGUGGAAAUAAAGCUCAUUACGGAGAACUACUUGUUUUCUUAUUUUUGUAGAUUUUUCUACGGAUGUUAAAUUUGUUUGCUUGUUUGUUUUGUCUUAUCUCUACCUGCGAGACUGAGCAUUUUGCCUUGCCCUGGAGGAAUUUUGAUUAUACGGACGAGAUAUGAACUGCAAUACGAAUGAAUGAAGAUUUUUCAAAAUCACCGGCUAACUGAAAGUGAGGACUGGAAAAACGUUUCUCAUCUUCCUUUCUCUGGUUCAGAACUGCAGUGUAGCUGGUAACGUUCAGCUAGAGGUGUCCGCUUUGGAAAGUAAAUAUCAGAGGUCGUUAUGAAAGAACACGGAGUUGUACCCUGUGUUUCAGACCGAGUGGAUAUUUAAGGGUCAUUUGGAGAUCAGAGAAGGCAACAGCGCUAACAGCCCCCAGUGCACCCUCCCAACGAACCCAAGCGCACCCUGUUCAUCUUGAGAAAAUAGCAUACUUUGUAGCUCGCGUCCAUACAGUCGGAAUUCAAAAAGGGACUCAAUCACUGAAUUUGUUUCAGAGUACCUGUUAUGAUAUCGCUUUCGUGGGGAUUGACCAAUUCCCAAGAAGAACGGGACAUGAUUAUUUGCUGCAAGUAAAAGAAAGUGAAUUAUAUUCAGUUUUAACAGAAUGUUCCUUGCCAAGCACCGAUACUCUUCCGUGGAUUUUCCUGCAAGCCGACUACAUUAAAGAACUGGAUUGAAACAGUCAUGUUUUACUGAAGCAGCCCGAAUCUCAAAGCCGACCAAUAACAGCCAAAGCGGUGUUCUGGGAAAAUACAGGAGGCUAAUUUCAUAAACUACCGAGGAUAUCAUUUUAUCAAAGCGGCGUUAUUUAACUGAUCAAACAAGCAUAAUGGGGGAGCAGCCGAUCUACAGCACCCGCGCCCACGUCUUCCAGAUCGACCCCAACACCAAGAAGAACUGGGUCCCCACCAGCAAGCACGCCGUCACCGUCUCCUACUUCUAUGACAGCACGAGGAACGUCUACAGGAUCAUCAGCCUGGACGGCUCCAAGGCAAUAAUAAAUAGCACCAUCACCCCCAACAUGACGUUCACCAAGACGUCGCAGAAAUUCGGGCAGUGGGCGGAUAGCCGGGCCAACACGGUGUACGGGCUGGGCUUCUCGUCGGAGCAUCACUUGGUGAAGUUUGCGGAGAAGUUUGCAGAGUUCAAGGAGGCUGCGCGGCUAGCCAAGGAGAAGUCACAGGAAAAGAUGGAGCUGACCAGCACUCCCUCUCAGGAGUCGGCCACAGGGGACAUUCAGUCUCCCCUUACCCCAGAGAGCAUCAACGGCACGGACGAAGAGAGGGUCACUCCAGACGCCACCCCGAACUCUGAGCCCCGGAUGGAGCCCACACAGAAUGCACUGCCUUUCUCACACAGCGCCAACAUCACCAAGCACUGGGAGGCGGAGCUGGCGGCCCUGAAGAGCAACAACGCCAAGCUGACGGCGGCGCUCCUGGAGUCCACAGCCAACGUCAAACAGUGGAAGCAGCAGCUGGCAGCCUAUCAGGAGGAAGCCGAGAGGCUACACAAACGGGUGACAGAGCUGGAGUGCAUGAGCGGUCAAACCAACGUCAUCAAGUCACACAAGACGGAGCUCAACCAGACGAUAGAGGAGCUGGAGUCCACUCUGAAGGCCAAGGAAGAGGAAAUGGAGAGGUUGAAGGAAGAAGUGGACAAUGCAAACCAGCUUCAAGCCCAGAGAGACUCUCUGGCACAGAAACUACAGGAGACAGAGACAAGGAACAAAGAGCUGGAGGCGCAGCUGACGGAGGUGGAGCAGCGGCUGGAGACCAGCCAGCUGGAGCAGGAGGCCUUCCGCAAGAACCUCAAGACCCUGCUGGAGAUCCUGGACGGGAAGAUCUUCGAGCUGACGGAGCUGCGGGACAACCUAGCCAAGCUCAUCGAGGGCAGCUAAAGCACCCCCUCCCCACCCCCCAACCCCCACACCACCACCUCUGCUUCAGAGAAAAAAACACCCACGCGGCACAGAAACGCUCGCCGUGACACACGAGAAACUCAGAGGGGCCGUCUGGGGGAGUCCCGCCUACCUUUCUUUCUUCUCCGCCCAGCUGGAACACGAUUAUUUCAUUCUGAACACACGGCAAACAAUAAACUUCUCCUCAUGUUUUUUUCAGUGUUAGUAAUAUUCCUUUGUGGGAGACUAUUCAGUAUGUUUUUUUUUUUCUUACAUUUUCAAAGGGGUGGUAUAUUCGGUGUAUCGUGCCUCACCCCAGGUAGUGAGCACUUCUUAAGUUUGUUAAUGCGGUACUCUUCUCAGUUGGUUUCUGUUUUCCUCUUGUUGUUUGGACAUGGCAGUUAACGUUACCAAACCAAUGUGAAGUGGCGGACUCGGACAGCCGAGGCUGUGUAGUGAUAUCUCUGGAAUCCUCGCCCCCGACGUUCUAAUCGGCCGCGGGGGAUUCUGUGCCACCAGCGCCCCAGCAGGCGGUGAAGCGGGCUGCUGACGCGACAGGUGGGUGACUCAGUGUCGACGGGAGCCCAGUCAGUCACAGCCAGCCUUAAAGGCCUUCUUUCGCUCCGAAACGAAACUUCCCUCACAAAGAGCCGCUGCGUGCGGAAGAGGCACUGAGUUAAGGCGCAAACAAAAUGAGCAAUACGGGAGGGAGCGUCCGGAAGCCGCUGCAAUCUCCCAGUCAGGUACUCUGUUCAUCUCCUGUGCGGAUUGGACACGAUGGCGAGACUCUCAUGUCACAGAAACACAGCGAGGCUGUUCCUCGCACAGCGCUGGGAUUGGUCUGCAGUGAACACAGAGCAGUCUUUUAAUUUCUAUACACUUUCUUUCUUUUUUAUAUGUCUAUGAAUCAAAUUUAUAUUCCUUGUAAAAACUGAACUAUAAAGCACUUGAAUCUGGAAUUUGUUCUCCCGUGUUUGUUGCCGGAAGAGGCACAAUGAUAGACUCGACUCCCUAAAUUUUCUGAUAU